UGGGGUUGCAAAAUAACAUUCUUUAAAAAGCAAAGAAACAGAAGCUUUAUACUAUAGUUUUCUCAGUGAUCACAGUGUUAUUCCAAGGGGACUGAUAAACAAGGUUAGAGUUUCUGUCUUUGUUAAUCCUGAUUGGCAUGGGAACAAAGUCCUUGGGCAUCAAAAAGUUGUAUCUACCUAAAAGAUUUUUGUUAAGUUCCCUAUGUCUUCCCCUGAAAUUGCUUCCCUUUCAUGGGGGCAAAUGAAAGUUCAAGGCUCUACUAAAACCUAUAAGGACUGCAAAGUGUGGCCAGGGGGAAGUCGGGCUUGGGAUUGGAGAGAAACUGGAACUGAGCAUUCUCCUGGUGUGCAGCCUGCAGAUGUGGAGGAAGUUGUCAAGAAGGGUGUGCAGACCCUUGUGAUUGGCCGAGGGAUGAGUGAGGCCUUGAAGGUGCCCCCAUCAACUCUGGAGUACCUCGAGAAACAAGGCAUUGACGUGCGGGUCCUCCAGACAGAGCAGGCAGUGAAGGAGUAUAAUGCCUUGGCUGCCCAAGGUGUCAGGGUGGGAGGGGUCUUCCACUCCACCUGCUGAUGGAGCCUUCCGAAAAUAAAUUACUAAGCAA